AUGACGACGACGUCAGAAGGGGGACCGCGGGAAGGGUCGGGUCGGGGCGCAUGCGCAGUGCGCGCCAGACGCAGCGCGUCUUCCCGAGUCGCCUGCGCUGCUGUCGCGGGGUCCCUGAAACGCGCGCUCUGCUUCGCCCUCACCCGCUCGCUGCUGCUGACCUGUCUGGUGCCUGCCGGGCUGCUGGGCCUGCGCUACUACUAUAGCCGAAAGGUGGUCCUGGCCUACCUGGACUGUGCGCUGCACACGGACAUGGCCGACAUCGAGCAGUACUACAUGAAGCCGCCUGGCUCCUGCUUCUGGGUGGCCGUGCUGGAUGGCAACGUGGUGGGCAUCGUGGCGGCGCGGGCGCACGAGGCGGACAACACGGUGGAGCUGCUGCGCAUGUCCGUGGACUCGCGCUUCCGCGGCAAGGGCAUCGCCAAGGCGCUGGGCCGCAAGGUGCUGGAGUUCGCGCUGGUGCACAACUUCUCCGCGGUGGUGCUGGGCACCACGGCCGUCAAGGUGGCCGCCCACCGGCUCUACGAGUCUCUGGGCUUCAGACACGUGGGCUCCAGCGACCGCUACGUGCUGCCCGGCAUGACCCUCUCGCUGGCCGAGCGCCUCUUCUUCCAGGUCCGCUACCACCGCUACCGCCUGCAGCUGCGUGAGGAGUGACCGCCGCCCGCCCGCCGCCCGCCGCCCGCGCCCGCUUCCAGACGCUCACCUUGGCGUUCCCAUUGGGUUUUUCCUUUUCCGACAUCACGUGGUUCUCUGGCCGGUUCCGGGUGGGGGGGCGGGGCUGUUGCUCGUCCGUGACAUUUCGGGGGGUGGGUUGUCAGCAGCCACGGUCCCUCGCCCUCCCUAGCCUGCUGGAGCCAUGCCCUGAGGAGUGACAGCAUGGGCCACCACGCACCCAUGCAGCUGCCGGGCCCUGGCUGGCAGGGCCCCUUCCGGCCCUCAGCCACUGGGGCAGGCCCCACCUCGUCCACUGAGCACAGAACCUCUGCAGUGAGGCCCCCAUCCAGCAGCCCCUUGGCCACCAGCCAGGCUGCAGCUCAGCCAUUGGUCCCCGGAUGGCGUGGCCUGCUGGGCUGGCCGGCCACUGCCCCGUGGGGCGCUGAGCUGGCCGCGGUCCGCUUUGCUCUGUGCAUGCUGAGCACGUGGCCUGGCUGCAGCAUGCCGCAUGCCUGCCGCUCCGCCCUGCUGCCCUGCACAGGUGGGGCCCAGGCUGGUGAGCGCCCCGCCCCAGCCCUGAGCUGGGCGCGGUGGCCACCUGCUCUCGGGAGGGCCUGUCUCACAAGCCCUUUGCUUCCCCCAGUUCAGCUUCGCGUGGCCUCCGAAUCACUCUCCUUCCUUUUGGUCCCCACCCAUCCCCUGCCUGGGCUUUGCUGAUUGGCGUCAUCACCCCAUGUGGUUCCCAUAGCAACCCGCUGCCCAGCAGUGGUUAGGGCCCUUCAGGAGAGCCAGGUGGGGAGGCAGUCUUGGGGUCACCGCUCUCCCGUGCCACUGGAUCACAGUGGCCUCUCCCAGACCUCCCGAGGAAUCCCCCAGCUCACAGCCUACAGGCCCUGCCUGUGACUCUUACUAACCCAGGCUGCUGCCGGCACCUCUGAGCCCACAGCUUCUCCCAGCCUGAAACCGACCUGUUUUUUAAUAUGUUAUUUAGACAGAAUAGCACUCUGCAUGUCUUUAAUUCUUGGGACAAAAUGGUAGUUUAUACCUUAACACACACACACACCAGUGUGGUCUAGAAUAUGCAGUUUCUGGCCCAGUUGGUGGGGGUGGGUGGCCGGGUGGGUGGAGGUUUCAAAGUCCGAAACCUGGAAGGAGACCCUAGCUGAGCUUGAUUGCCCCCCAGGAGCGUUCCUGGUUGGCGAGGCGGCUGCAGGCCACCCCUGCCCGGCCUUGCAGCCUCUGGGAGGAGAGCAGGUCUUGCCGUCCGUGCUGCUGGCCCUCCUCCCCAAGGUCGGAGGCGGGGGGCUCUUGGGCAUGGACGGCCUGGGUGCGGGGGGAGCAAGGUGGUGUUUGGCAGCACCUGCACCUCGAGUUAGAAGCCUGGACCUGGCUGUGGUGACAGGAGGGGCAUCAGUGCCUGCCAAGACCCCUUUCUUUGGGAGUUGCGGGAGGCGAGGCAGGCCACUGAACUGGGUCCCACAUGCCUGAAAAGGCGCUUCGGAAAUUAGCAAGUGAAUGAAACAAACCCAGUUUCCCAAGGAGCCUUCUGUGCUGUCAGCAAUCGAGAUAUUUGCAGAACACUGUACAGACCCUGCUGUCCCCUGUACAUAUCCCCCUGGUGGCACCCGGUCCCUGCUGGGGAUGGGAGUUUUGUAGACUGUACAGAAAUUGGCACCCUAUUUUCUUGCAGUUCUCAGAUUUUGUUAACCUGGAUUAUACAGACAGACGUAAAGUGUUUUAGCAAAAUGGAAAACAAACAGUUGUGCCUUU